AUGUUGUUGUUAAAAUCUGUGAUAUAUUUAUUUGGGUUAUGGAUACAAGGCAUAAACAGCUACCCUGGGGAAGAAAAACAUGACAUUGGUACUCUAGCUGGUGAUGUCCAAAACUGGGCUAUGCUCAUACAGAACUAUAUUCUACAGUUGGCAGGUGAUGGAAUAAAACGCGAUUUAACCCAGAGUUAUCUUGAUCAAGCUAAUUAUACAUAUGAAAAGAAAAAUGGAGCUGAAAUCGUCCGGCAGGUCAAAUUGACUCUUGGAGAUUAUUUUAGUAAAAAGAAACGAGCUGCUGAGAGGCUGGCAGCUACAGUGAGAGAGAUCCAUGAUGAUUUUCUACUAUCAAAUUCUACAGCUGGAGUUCAAGUUUUAAAGAAUAUGGAUCUGAGUUUUUAUAGAGAUUCUGAUAUUCCGUCUAAAUUACCUGAAGAUAUUGUCUUUAAUCCAUAUUUCCGCACAGGUGUAAGUUUAAAACAGUCGUCAGUAAAACUACCUGAUGAAGUCCCACGAAAUGACCCAGCUGUUAUUAAUACUGUGUAUUUUACAGCCAAACUAGAGGAAACAUUUUUACAGAAUGCCAGAGAUGAUCCAUUGUUGAGAUGGCAGUAUUUUGGAUCUACAACAGGAGUAACAAGACUGUAUCCUGGUAGAGAAUGGUCAACUAAUUUUGCAGGUUUUUAUAAUGACUAUGAUGCCAGACUGAGACCCUGGUAUAUUGCUGCUACAAGUGGACCUAAAGAUGUUGUUAUUAUACUGGAUUGUAGUUUAUCAUUAAAGGGAGAAAAAUUUUCUAUUGGGAAAGCAGUAGCCAAAACUGUAAUUAAUACAUUAACUAAACAAGAUUAUGUCAAUGUGAUCUGUGCCAGGGCCAGUCAUUGGGAUGAAGUGGGCAAGUGGCAUUAUUUUGACACAGAACCAAUGAGUUGUAGACAGAAUCAGAUGGUUCCAGCUACUAACUCUCAUCGGAAAGACUUGAUUGAGAAAAUAGAAAAACUGAAAGCUGGUGGUACUAGUGAAUUACAGAAAGGUUUUGAGCAAGGAUUAAAAUUACUUCAGAGUUCUCCAAGAACUGGGUGUCAGUCUCUGAUUAUAUUUGCUACAGAUGGAGUGGAUACUGAUGGGGAACAAGUCAGAUGUGGUCCAGGUUACUAUACAAGAAGUGGUUAUGUCCCUGGGCCUAUUUGUAAAUAUAAUUUUAGUGACGUGUGGGAUUUGGUCACUGAGAAAAACAGUCAACUUAAUCCACCUGCAAGAAUAUUCAGUUAUCUAAUAGUCGAAGAUGCUGAACUAUUCCCUGGUAAUCUAUCCUGCAGUAACAGAGGCAGUAUUAAAAAACUAAUGAAUGGAGAAAAUCUCAUCUCUCAAAUGAGUAACUAUUUUGAGUUCCUGUCUGCUAAUGCUUUAAGCAAUAACGCUCUGUGGACUUCACCCUAUUUAGAUUCAUGGGGUCUGGGCUUGAUGUUAACACAUGCUAUACCAGUUCUUAGUAAAGUUACAGGAAAGUAUAUAGGAGUAGUUGGUAUUGAUGCCACACUAGAUGAAAUUGAGAAUUUUCUCACUAAACAUCAGUGGGGUACGGUUGAUUCAUUUCUUAUCAACAACCAAGGGGAGACAAUUUACCAUCCAAGGUUGAAACCUAGUAAAAAGUUACUGGAUGAUCCUAUCUUUAUUCCGAUAUCCAAAUUAGAACGGAACAGUAAAGGUCACUCAGAGGAAUUUGCUAUUAUAGAACGUGAAAUGAAGGCUGGGAAAACAGGAAGUAUGACUAUUAUGAAGGCUAAGGAUGGGAAACAGAGGAAAUAUUAUUAUGCUGCAUUGAAUAAUACAGAAUACUCCUUUGCUUUUAGUUUGGCAGAAACAGAUAUGGAAUUCCGUAGAUCACAAGAACCGGUGGACCGUUCCAAAUAUGAUGAAAGUUAUUAUAAUUUAUUAAAAGAAUACAAGGGGACAUUACUCCGUGAGAAAUUACCAGGACUGUGGAGGAAGAUUGAUAUACGAGAGAAUGAGAAACUUUAUCCAGGACUGAGAAUCACCUACAAACAUUCCACAAUCUUCCUGGCCCCUAAAACACAUUGUGAUCCUACAAAGUAUAUGUAUAAUGAUAAUCUAGCUGAGAAAACAUACCAGGCCCACAUGUGGAUCAAUGGUAAACAACCAGAUUUAGGAUGUGAAUCUGGGCGACAGAAGUUUAAUAAAGGAGUUAGAGCUGAUGUUUUGAUAUCUCAACCAAUAGAAGAAAUCUGGAGAACAAGACAGUUUGAAUCAAUCAAUCAAAUUAAGUGGACUAAUGUUGGAUUUAGAAGUGGUGUUUUCCGCACCUACCCAGGUCAUAGGUCAUCAAGAGGUUAUGACCCCACAAAACGUCCAUGGUAUAAAAGAACAAGUUCAGCCCCACACAAGACAUCAAUCUCCACACCUUAUAUGGAUGCAGCAGGAGUGGGUAAGAUUAAUACAAUAUCACAAGCUGUAUUCGAAGGAAUGACACCGAAGACAGAUAAAGAGUGUGAGACAUGGAAGGGAAGUCCCCUACCAGGAGGUUGUAAAUGUGAUUUAGAUAGUGACUGUAUGACCAAAGUGUGUUAUAUGAGUAAAGCUCCAGGGCCGAACGCUGACCAUCGACGAUGUUCAACAGAACGUGUAGAAGGUGUAACAGGUUUAGAUAUUCUCUAUGAUGAUUUUCAGAAUAAAACAAUGGGGUCCAUGCAAGCCAGUGAUUUUAGAAAAUCUUGUCAGCAGAAAUACAACUGUCCUGAUGGGGAACCUGGCUGUGAAACCAGAUGUUACCUGUUUGACAGCAGUGCCUAUCUUGUGAUGGAUCCUGACUUUCUAUUGGCCAAUAAUUUAGACGAAAGUAAAUAUGAUGGUGUGACAUUAGGACGUAAAGAAGGGGAGGUAAUGAAACAUCUGAUUUAUCACCAUGGUUUCAUUAAACGAAAUGAAGAUACUGAUUUUCAAGGAUCUUGUCGUAUUUCACCAGAUGCUCCAAAGGUAACAUUAGAAGGAAUACCAAAGACUCCAGAAGAAUCUGAUGAUUACUAUAGAAACCGAGGACCAAUACCAAAAUUCUCAAGUGAUUUCGGUUGUAUUCAAGAUGUGGUUAGUUUUAAGACAGUUGAUGACAAAUUAGGUAGGAUUUCUGUAUGUCGACAUUAUGUCAUUGACAUGUUGGUUUCAAUGUAUAUUAUAUUUAUCAGCACCAACAGUGCUAGUGGAAUGAUAACAGGUAAUGUAUCAGGACCAUGUAUGUCAGGUUUCUACUACGUUACUGUUCUACCCAAGACCAAUCUCUAUCUACUGGUAAUUGAGGACUGGAAACCUUAUAAAGAAACGUUGUUUUAUAAUUUUAACUGUAGAAUAGCUAGGAGUGUGGUGAAUUCUGGAGCUUAUCGUAUUAUAAAUGGAACAUGUGCCCAUGAAGACGAUUCAUCCUCCACAUUGGCUGACCAGGGAAAAUGUCCAGCUUUAUUAGAUAUUGAAAUGAAAUGUGCUUAUACGACAGCGAGUGGGCUGCAACUUUCACUUUAUCUUUUCGUUAGUUCUGUGAUAAUAGCUUUAAUAAUUUAG